AUGGCCGGGGACGUGUGCUUCGUGAAGGGCUUAUCCGACGCGUUUCAAGCGUGGCUCGGCGCCGCGGCGGCGGCGGCGGCGAGCGCCUCCGGUCGACCGCCGACGACGCUCCUCGGGGAUCCGUCGCGGCGAGAGGGGUGGGCGCCGAAGCCCGGAUGGGGCGGCGGGCGCAUGGAGAAGGUCGCGGCGUACGUGGUCGAGACCGCGGCGACGAGCGCGCUGACCGAGGGGGAGGGAAGGCGGCGGACGGUCGUGUGGCGGUCGGGGUGA